UCUGUCGAAGAUAUCCGUGGAUGAGUGGAGGUACAAGCAAGCGUCCAUGGAGAAAAGCUGAAAAAGAGGACGCUUUAAGGAAAAUGGAAGCCAGCCAUUGUUGCUUUCCAGGACAGGGCUGGUCUGAGCGAGUGGAUAAGCUUCAGGACAAAAGCCAAGAUUUGAAUCUAUUUAUAGGGGCAAUGUGUUGCAGAAUGGCGGGAGAAGUAGCCAUUGUUGGUCAAGAGCCGAUCCCGAAAUAGUGGGAGCACCUUCGGUCAAAAAAAUCUGAAAAAAAAAAACACAACGAAACUGUAAUCUUCCCAUUCUCUUGGGGCUUCUUUCAAAAGAUUAAGUCCUUUGUUUUUUUCUGGUUUGGUCUUCAGAAGAUCCAACGGUCAAUAUUUAUGUUUUUCUGCAAAUUUCCGAUAUCCAUAGAUUGAUCUCUCUGUUAAGAUCGAAUUGUUCGUAUGCUUUUCUGCGAAUCUUCUGCCAUUUCUUCCUCCUGGAAUCAAGGAAAAUUUUUCUUGUUUCCUUUUUGUCCAUAGACAGAGAAGAAUCAGGAGGGUUAUUACAUGGAAAUUCAUCGAUUGUGGUGGAUUUGCCAUUGCUUUGCCGGUAAAGUAAGGGGCUCCAAGAGCUAGGGUUCAUCAGGGAAUUUCAUGGAUAUUCCUCGGCAUAAGUAUGGAACCAAAUCAAACGAAGAAGAAACCAAGUCAUGGUACAAGCAGAAGCAAAGGAAGAAGGAAUUCCAACCGUUCAAACCAUCAUCCAAAAGGAAACGAUACUGCUGAUGAUGCAGAAUCAACAAACAGAGAAGGGAAUGGAAGGAUGGUUUUGUUCCAGAUUGGGAGCAUUGCCUGUUACGAGGUUUAUAAUACAGAAGCAGCCGCCAUUGCCGGGACUGAAACCUCCAUGGCGGAGGAAUCAACAACAUCAUCCACUUCACUGUCUUCGAUAUUAUCGGAUGACAUGAUAGAGCUGAGAGCAAGAACAGAAGAGGAAAACCAGACAUCUUACGAGGAUAACCAGGAGAAAAGGAGGAACCUUUCCAAUGUUGCGUUACAUGGGUCACCGGAUAAUAACAACACGCCCAGAUCUCGGCUGUCUGGUGCGACCAACGGGUCACCGUUGUCGCCUACUCGGUCACCGCCAGUUCAAGUGAUGGAAAGGGAAGGAUAUUAUGAUCCAGAGCAGAGAAUACCAUCUUUGGUUUUCGAAAAGAUUGGAUCUUUGGAUUGGAGUGAAGCUUCCAAUGAAUCUUUGUUCAGUCUCAGCGUAGGUGGUAACAGUCUAGCACGGGAUUUCGACGUCAGUCUAGCAAAGUCGGGUGAGCUUUUAGAGUAUUGCCCGUCUCUCCCUAUUCAUCCCGAGGAUUCGGAGGGGAAGACCUCGGAAACAGAGGAGGAGCAAAGGGAAACGGAUUCUGAAGAGAAGACGUCGAUGCCAAUUCUAUCGUGGAGGGAUCUCAGUGAAUUCGAUCAUUCAGAUCAAACCCUCAGCCAUUCCAAUAUCUCAGAUCAAACUUUAACCAGUUUGCAGUAUUUUUCCUCCCCAGUAACUAAGAAGAAAAACAAGACAAGGACAAAGAGAUGUCUCUCCUGCUUCUCUUGUUGCAGAUGCUCAAAGCGUUCAUGUAAUGGCUGCUUCUCUUGUUGCAGCUGCUGCUAUUCCAGCACUCUCUCCGCCGCUUCAGCUCUGAUCUUCUUCUUCUUGUUGAUCUUUGAUUUCAGCAUGGAGUUAGAGAUAAUACAUGGAGAGAUGGGGACAGAGAAGAACAAGGGGACACAACAUAAGUGGUUCUGUUGUUGCACCUCUUAAACGGUUUAUAAUGUUUGCUCUUCCUUUGUGUUGUGUUCCUUGGAUUUGCUCGUGAGGAGGUCCCAAAACCAAAACAUUCUUUCAUCAAUCAGAUUUGUGAAUAUUUUUAUUAUCCUA